CGGCUGUGUACCACCUCCGGCUUCCUCAUCACGCCGGCGCUCAUCUGAUUCUAGGGUUUUUUUUACUUUGAAGUUUGGGUUUUAAGUUAUUCCGAUUUGAAAGCUUCGAUUUUGGAGUCUGUUGAUGCAAUUUUCUUGAAUUUGAAGGAAAUGGAGCCGUUUGAUGGGUUACGGAGUUGUGGGGGUACGCACAAGGUGGUCUAGUAGUUGUGGAGUAAUUAGGGUUUCACAGGUUCCUCCAAAAUUGGGAGCAUUUUCCAAGUGAAUUUGUGUGGGUUUGGGAGGUUGAAGUGGAAAUUUAGUGUAUUGGGGGAAGAUUUGUAGAAUUUUUUUAACUGGGAAAUUUAGGGUUUUCUCUGAUAGAUCUGUAAAUUUGUUGAAUUUGAUUUGUUUUGAGGUCCUGGUGGUGAAAUUUUUGGUUAAGAAGUUUGAGUUGUAUCUGGGUAGGGGAAAUUUGAAGUGUUUCUUGUUGUUGAGUAAGGGAGGGUGUUUAAUUAAGCUUUAUUUAUACGGGCUAUUUAGUGUUUACGUUUAUUUUCCCGACGGAGGGGAAUGCUGUUGUCUAGAACCUAGGGUUGGGUUCUGGUUUUGGGAGAAAAAUGUUCUACUCGCAGUUUAUUUUGGCCAAGAAAGGCCCCUUGGGAACGAUAUGGAUAGCAGCACAUCUGGAGAGGAAGCUCCGCAAGAACCAGGUCGCUGAUACUGAUAUUGGGGUCUCUGUAGAUUCAAUUCUAUUUCCUGAAGUACCUAUUGCCCUCCGGUUGUCUAGCCAUCUUCUCCUCGGUGUGGUGAGGAUAUAUUCUAGAAAGGUGAAUUACCUCUUUGAUGAUUGCAGUGAGGCUUUGUUGAAGGUAAAGCAGGCUUUUCGUUCUGCUACAGUUGAUUUACCACCAGAAGAAUCUACUGCACCAUAUCAUUCCAUUACGUUGCCAGAGACUUUUGAUCUUGAUGACUUUGAACUACCAGACAAUGAAAUCUUUCAGGGUAACUAUGUUGAUCACCAUGUUAGUUCAAGAGAGCAGAUUACACUUCAAGAUACCAUGGAUGGUGUGGUCUACUCCACUUCACAAUUUGGACUGGAUGAGCGGUUUGGAGAUGGUGACACGUCCCAUAUUGGUUUGGAUCUUGAUGAGGAGCUCUUCUUGGAUAAGGAUGCUGCUCCGGGGGAUAAUGGAGUUUCAAAGACUGACCCUCAAGGUUCAGAUGAAACAUUGACAAUAAUAAAAAAAGAUGCUAGUAAUUCAGAAGCUAUGCUAGUUGAUGAUGAUGAUGGAGAUCAGAUUGAAGAUCCACGUGCAAAUAAUGAAUUCUUUGAGUAUGCUCAGGCUCCAGCUACACCUGGAGUGGUGGAACUGCCUAACUUGUCCAGUGUUCAAGAGGCACUUGCUUGCGAUGAUUGUAUUGGACCAGAAGAUCAGGAUGUAACACAAUCAGCUGCUGCAGAGUGUGGAGAAAACAUUUCCAAUAAAAUGAAUCUUCAACCUAUGGAUAAAAAUAUAGUGUCUGGGUCUGUACAAAAUGAUUUAAAUCACGGUUUUGUUGUUAGCACAGCUCCUGAGAAUGGCUGCCAUUCUGGUGACGUGGAAAAAGAACUAAGAAAAUCACUAGAAAAUACAGAAUCUAAUGCCAUGUAUGAAGCAGAUGCUACCCUUGGUGGACAAGAUGGUCUUAAUCGGAUUGAAAGUAAUGGUGGUGUGAAAUCUUUAGAUAGAACUGAUGGUGAUUAUGCUGAGUCUCCUAGCUGCUCUAAUGUCACAUAUGAUACAGAAGAUGCAGGUCGACGGAUGACCUCAAAUAGCAACUUUGUGCCUGUAUCAGAUGGCUAUUUGAAGAAUGAUCAGGCUACUGUUGAGCAAAGUGAUCAUCAUGAUCCUGAAACCACUAAAAACUCAAAUGUUGUUGAUGAUGAAGUUCAGGCUUGUCUGAAACCAAAGAAUUAUGUUCAGGAAGAAGUCUCAUCUGCUUGUAUGCAUGUUCUUCAGCCAUGUACUUCACUCCAGGCGCAACCUGAUAUGUCCUCUUUUGGAGGAGAGCAUUUAGAAGUUCUUCCAAAUGUGCAAUCUGAAGUUGCAGGGCAAGGUGAACGCUGCCAAAAUGAGGUGCCAGAACAUGUUCCAGGCGAGGAGAUCCUGAGAGAUGGUGGAAAUUCUGGUGAACAACCACACAAUUUGAUAUCAUGUGAUAAUCAAUUAGAAAAUUCAAAUGAUCGUGGGACUUUUGAAGCACCUGCACCUGAGAAGUUGCUCUCUGUACCGGAGGGGCUAAUUGAUGAGCCUACUAAUUUGCUAGUUGAGUCUACACCAGAUAAGGAGAUCUUAGGGGGGACUGCUGGAAUUGAUGCCAGGACAAGACUUUUUUCAGGAAGAAAACGAAAUUACACAGAAAGUACACUAACUGUGGAGAGUAUAAACUCAGUUGAAUCAUUUGGACAGACUCGAACCAAGAAAACUGCAGAUUCCAUUCCUGAUGAUGAUGAUUUACUCUCUUCUAUUUUAGUUGGAAGAAAAUCUUCAGUUUGGAAAAUGAAACCCACUCCUGCAUUUGAAGUUGCUUCUGCAAAACGUGCUCGGUCUGCACCUCGUCCCACUGCAUCAAAGAGGAAGGUGCUUAUGGAUGAUACCAUGGUCUUGCAUGGCGAUACCAUACGUCAGCAGUUGACUAGCACGGAAGACAUACGUCGUGUACGAAAGAAAGCGCCUUGCACACGUCCUGAGAUUUUAAUUAUUCAGAGGCAAUUUUUGGAUGAUGAAAUCUUCAGAGAACCUAUAUUUACUGGUAUGUCAGCAGAACUAGGAUCUCUGCACAGUGAAACAUAUGAUCUGAGUGGAACCAGGAUUUCUGAAGUUGAUGAAAAUCACACUUCUCCUGAAGUAGCCAAGGAUGCAGCAUGCUCUGUUAGGCCUGAAGUUGCCAUUGAAAGUGGUAUUGAAGAAAUGGUUCAUGGAGAUGACAUUGAAGCACCUGUUGGGACUCCUCAGACUGAAAGCCAGCAAAGGAUGCAGCAUACUGAUGCUGCUGCUGAUGUAUCUGAAUCUUUACAUUGUGAACCUCUAAAUGAGAUGGUUGAGAUGGAAAUUGAUAAAGGAACUGUUGCUGAUGCAGCAAAUCUUUUUGUUAACGAUUGGUUUGAGCUGUCAUCCCCUGUUGAUCCUAAUCAAAGAAUGAGUACGCAACCUGUUGAGGAGGAUGCUUCUCUAGUUGAUAUAGGCAGUUGCAGAGGAGCUGAUGGUAAUGAAGUUUUGAUAUGUGAUGGUGAAAACAUUGUUGCUGUUGAAUCUGAAGCAAAAGGAAGAGACGAGUCUUUGGCUGAAGACGGUAAAGCUAGCACAUCAGUUGAAAUCAAUACAGAAACUCAGCCAGACUGUUCUGUGCCUGUUGAAAAUGGAAGUGACUCUCUUGCAACUUAUGUGGAAUCUGGAGGAUUUCUUAAUGAUAACCAAGCUGCAGAUGAAGUUAGAACGAAUAGAAUGGGUGAAUUGAAUGAGGAUUUACUUAAGGAUGCAGAUACUGGGCUUUAUGGCAAGGAUCUAACCCAUAUGUGUAGUGAAGAACCUAAAAUGGAUUCUAUGUCCAUGGAACUUGAUACUGGCAUCAGAAGUUUAUCAAAUGGAGAAAAACCAGCCACUCAUGAAGUUGAUGCUGUGGAUGCAGAAAUCGCUACUGAGGACCACUGUCCUGUGGAUAAUCAGGAAUCUGGGAACAUCACAAUUGCAAAUGACACAGAGUUUUUGAAUGUAGAUGAUGAGGUAGGUGAAGAAGACGAAGAGGGCAUGCCUUAUGGGGAAGAAAACAGUAUUCUUGAUAAUAGUGGCUGGUCUGCUCGUACCAGGGCUGUUGCCAAGUACUUGCAGAACUUGUUUGACAACGAAGCUGUACAUGGAAGAAAGGUUCUUGCCAUGGACAAUCUAUUGGCUGGCAAAACUCGAAAAGAAGCAGCAAGAAUGUUUUUUGAGACAUUGGUUCUCAAGACUAAAGAUUACAUCCAUGUGGAACAGCCAAGACCCCUUGACAACAUUGGCAUAAAGGCCCGAGCGAAGCUCAUGAAAUCAGAUUUCUGAUCCUCCCUCAUAGAAAGGCAGACGAUAUAGAUGAAAAGAUCCAUGUAGUUGUAGUUUGGCUGAUGCUUGGCCCAUAGUACCAAUUGUAUUUUUCUCAAAAUUACUUUUUGUUAGUUCAUGUAAUUGGUAGUAGCUUAACAUUUCAUUUUGAUUGUAGCAUAGAUACAUAAGGUGGAUCGUAAUUAUAUGUAUAUAUCUGUAAAAUGUAUCAAAUCAGCAAUUGAGAUUGCUAAUUUAUUUUUUCUAAUUUAUUUCAUCCUGCGUUUCGACUAAUAAAUCCAGGGAUGGGAA